AUGUCAAAAGGAACUGUGCGCAUCUGGCUUGUCGUCGCCCUCCAGCUGCGCUGCGUCACAGUCCUCCCGGCUGGCCCUGCGGAGACCCGGGCGGACGUUGACGCGGACCCCGACAGGAAGUUGACUGACAAGUUCGGCGCCUUGUUCAAGUUGAAGGAUCAACUCAGAGGCGCGUCGGUAGCCCCGCACAAGAAGGCGCCGCAGUUCAUGCUGGAUCUGUUUAACGCAGUUUCUGUAUCACGCGGGACGAGCAAAAGUCAGAAGGAGAUUCUGGAAGGAAAUGUUGUCAGGAGCUUCGAAGAUAAAGGUCAUUAUGGAGAAAACUUUCACUAUUUCAACCUGUCCUCCUUUGGAAGAGAAGAGAUGAUGAUUAAAGCUGAAUUCCGCUGGUUUCGAAAGAAACAGAAGCAUAUCCUGGGAAAGUCAUAUCGGCCUCAUUUCUAUAAGGUGGAUUUGUAUGAAGUGUUAGAUAGUCAAGUAAAGCCUUGGCGUGGAAACCUUAUCACCUCCAGACUCGUUCCUCUAUACACACAAGGAUGGGAAGUGUUUAAUGUUACACAAACGGUGUCUAAGUGGCUCCGCAAUAGCCAGGAUAAUAACGGCAUCCUGGUGGUAACUACGCUGCCGUCUGGGACUUGGAUGGACUCAGUGUUUACGUCAUCCAAGCUGCACGGGGAGCCAGCAGACACUAACGCCUACUUGGUUAUAUUCUCUGAUGAUGGGAGGACUGGAGCAUCAAACCAGUCAUUCUUUGGACCAGCCCGCCCUUCAUCAACUGCUUCUGAACUCCACAACCACCCCACCCGAAGGCGGCGCGGUGCCCCAGGGCUCUUACCCCGAGGCCAUUCCCGGUCCUGUCAGAGGGUCCCCCUUUUUGUAGACUUCGAGGAGAUCGGUUGGUCAGGCUGGAUCAUCUCGCCGCGGGGGUACAAUGCUUACCAUUGUAAAGGCUCCUGUCCUUUCCCGUUGGGGGGCAACCUUCGAGCCACCAACCACGCCACGGUGCGCUCCAUCAUGCACGCGCUCAAGCUGUCUGCAGACGAAGUUGAAAUGCCCUGCUGUGUACCUGAUAAACUCCAGCCAAUCAGUUUGUUAUAUUUUGAUGAUGAAGAGAAUGUGGUGUUGAAACAGUAUGACGACAUGGUGGCGUUAAGCUGCGGCUGCCAUUAA